GUUAUUUCAUGAUCUAAAAAAAGGAGUUUCAGGAAGAAAAAAAAAACGAUUCAUUUCCGUGGAGACCCAUCUCUCUCUCUCUCUCUCUCUCUCUCGUCGUCGUCGUCGUUGUUCUUUGUGUGUCGUUCGCCGUCUCCAUCAGAAAUGGCGACACAAGGGGUGCCGAAGAAGAAGAGCUUCCUCCUCCGUGACGUGGUCAAACUAUGCAGAUCGAUCGCCAAGCUAUGGCCACGCGACAAGAACAGCAAGCUCUCUUCGUGUUCUUCCUUUGACUUCGACACCAAGACAAAGCUCAAGACCAAAUCCAAACGCAAAGAUCACCAUCACCAUGUGGACGUACGUGACGUCAAGGAUCUUCCCUCGCAGAUUCUCCAGGAAGCGAAGGCUGAUGCAAAAGAGGAAGGGGUGAGGCUGUGUAGGGUUCAUAGCUACCGAUACGACAGAACCGAUGAUUUCGUGCGGAACAAGAAGCUGCCCCUGUCGAGAAGUUGCAGCCAGAACAUGCCCAUGAGGCGAAACUCGUCAUCGUUCACGAGGAGCAAGAGCAGCUGCAACCGGACGGAUGCCACUUCCAGAUUCGCACCAUCAUUCACGAGGACAGCAGGGAACGGCGCCCAGAGAAGCUUCACAAACCCGAUAUUGUACUCAAGCUCCACGGCAACGGCGGCUAAACCUCCUCCCACGGAAGAAGAACUCAUCUGCACGCUCGAGGAGCUGUGCAAAGGGUGCACCAAGAAAAUCAAGAUCAAGAGAGAUGUCAUGACCAGUUCAGGGGAGGUAAGCCGGGAGGAGGAGAUGGUGGAGAUAAAAGUGGAGCCGGGAUGGAAAGGAGGAACGAAGGUUACAUUCGAAGGGAAAGGAAACGAAGCAAUGGGGAGCGCACCAGCUGACUUGACGUUUGUGAUCACGGAGAAAGAGCACGAUCUGUUCACGAGGGAAGGAGACGAUCUCGAGAUGGAGGUUGAGAUCCCUCUUGUUGAAGCCUUGACAGGCUGCGAGAUCUCUGUCCAAUUGCUCGAUGGGGACAACAUUAAUUUAAGGAUAGACGACGUUAUCCACCAUGGAUACACCAUGGUAAUUCAAGGCAAAGGGAUGCCCAGGGCAAAGGAGAAGGAGAAGAGAGGAGAUUUGAUGAUAAAGUUUUGGACAAAGUUCCCUCGAAGACUUUCAGAUUAUCAACGGGCCGAGAUCCGGAACAUUCUACAAGGUUCCAGUACUUGAUCGAUGGAGAAUGCUCUCAUUUCCAAUUCUAGGAUAGCUUUGCAACAAUGGCUAAACCAAAGAGUCUGUAUCAUGUUAAACGUAACAAAAGAGCUACCAUUCCUAUA